AUCUGAGCCUACUCUGACGGAAUGAUGAAGAAGAAGCCAUCUGCGACUUCCGCUGUAAGAGCCCACAGUCCAGUCCUCAUAACAGUCCAUAUCACCAAUACAAAAACUGCUGAUUUACAACUUAAUACAAGACAACUUGACCCAGAAAAGGGUAGUUUGUAUUUCGGCUUGUCACCCGUGUAGUUUACCACAAAGCGAAGUACUGAUUUGAGGGCUCUUGGGUUAGCUAACCUCUUGUUAGCUAGCAUGCUGGUGUCUCAACACACCAGACAACUCUCGGAUUAAUUGUAUCUCGUCAUGACUGAGUUAAAAUGUCGAAAAAAAUACACUUUGGAUGGAGAUAAAGAAGAGGAAGAGAGCCAACAUGAACCGGAGGUGCAGACGACAAAGCCGGUGAAAACAGAGGAGGAUGAGGUGUCCAAUGGCAGAAAUGGAGCCGGAAAGCAGCAGAAAGAGGAGGAUGAGGUUAAAGAAGAGGACGCUCAACAUAAAGAAGAAGAAUCAAAAACACCAGAGUCACCUGUUAAAAGGUCCACGAGAUCUUCUGCAGGUUUUUUGCAGCGCCUGGUGAGGGUGUUCUUCGGAUGUCUGGCAGCAGUUGCCUGUGGCAUGCUUUAUGCAGCGUAUCUAUCUGCUUAUCAUGACAGGAAGUUCUGGUUUUCCACUAGACAGGAGCUAGAGCGGGAAAUCACCUUCCAGGGAGGCAGCGGGCUCUACUAUUACUACUACAAGCAGAUGCUGACUGCAACACCUUUCGAUAGAGGGUUUCAUGAGCUGAUGAUGGAUAACAGGACAGUUGCAGGGCAGACCAUCAACGCAGUGGUGCGCUUUUCUCUGUACCCAGAGCUCAUCACCAGCUUUAUAUACAGAUUCACAGGCAGCGAGGAGUUUGUGGAGCCAAUUUACUUCUACAUCGGAGCCGUGUUUGGGCUGCAGGCGAUCCACGUGUCUGCCCUGUUUGUGUGUAGCUGGGUGAUGAGCGGCACCUGGUCGGCCGGCAUGUUGGCCGUGGCCUGGUAUGUGAUCAACAGACAUGACACAACCAAAGUGGACUAUGCCAUUCCUCUGCGGGACAACUGGGCUCUGCCUUACUUCUCUUGCCAGGUUGCAGCUUUGACUGGAUUCCUGACUAAUAACAUCAGCUCUGCCACUGAGCUGUUUUGCUAUCUUACCAUGAGUGCCACCACCUUCACUUUCCUGCUGGUGUGGGAACACAGCCACUACGUGCUAUUCCUCCAAGGCCUCUGUCUUUUCUUCCUCGACGCUUUUGACCUUUUGCCAUCACGUAAGAUGGCAGAGAUCCACAUGGUGUACGUCAGCGCUUUGCUCCUGGCCUUCUUUUCACAGUUUCAGAACGCAUCCCUCCUCAGCUCACCGCUGGUCAGCCUCCUGAUUGGCACAUGGGUUGCCAGGAACUACCAGCAAAAGAUGAAGACGGGCCCUUUUCUGUCCAGAGUGAUGAAGCUCUUCGUAUAUUUCCACCUAGUCUUUACCACAGGGAUCACCUUCAGUUAUCUGGUCAAGAAAUUCGUUCAAGGAGAUGAGAGUGACUUCUUCUUGAAAUUCCUUGAAGUCAAAUUUGGGCUCAACACAACAACUGACUUCAUCACCAAUUUCCUCCUGUGCCAAGAGAGUUUCCAGGUCCCGGGUCAGGACUUAUUUCUGCGCCUGACGCAGGCCUCAGUCCUUCCCUUCUACUUACUGGUGCUCACUGUGUGCCUGCUGUCCACCCUGCAGACCAUUUACAGGAGACUCAGUGGGCAGCCGAUGAAAACCAACCUCAAACUUGAAGAUGGGCGAAUAGGAGAGCAGCCCGAGGUCAUCUAUCAUGUUUUUCACACGUUGAUUUUUGGAGGCCUGGCUCUGCUGUUUGAUGGGAUGAAAUAUUUAUGGACCCCGUACGUCUGCAUGUUCACAGCGUUCGGUGUGUGUUCUCCGGAACUCUGGAUGACUGUGUUUAGGUGGCUCAAACUCAAGUCCAUCCACCCUGUAGUUCUGUCUCUCAUCCUGAGCACAGCGGUUCCUGCCAUCAUUGGUUUCAGUUUGUGGAGAGAGUACUGCCCUCGUGUCUUAGCAGAGCUGUCAGAAGUGCAGGAGUUUUACGAUCCAGAUAAAGUGGAGCUGAUCAGCUGGAUCAAGUCACAGGAUCCAGCAGCGGCGGCCUUUGCCGGCAGCCCUCAGCUGUUGGGAACCGUGAAGUUGUGUUCAGGUGCAACCGUGACCAGUUUACCGCUUUAUACAGACAUCAAGCUGCUGAGGAGGACUGAAGACACUUACCAGGUGUAUGCAAUGAGAUCUGCAGAGGACAUUUAUAAGAUUCUGACUUCUCAGAAGGCUAACUAUGUGAUCAUCGAAGAAUCCAUUUGUAACGAGCUGAGUGUUAAUAAAGGCUGUAGAAUCAAAGAUCUGCUUGAUAUUUCCAAUGGACACGUCGUUUAUGACAAAGGAGAGGUUUACUCGUUCUCCAAGCACGGAAGAUUCUGCCAAGAGAUAAAGAUGAACUACUCGCCUUACACCAACUACUUCACCCGGGUCUUCUGGAACCGCUCGUACCACGUGUACAAAGUGAACUCUGUCAUCUCCUUUCAGUACUGACAGCAGCUCCACCUUCCUGCUGAGACUCCACUGAGCCUGACUCUGCCCUUCUCCAGUGUUCCUUGUCCAAAACACAAAGGACUCUGGGAAAAUGUCUUAUCACUGGUACUUUCCACAUCCUGGCGAUGGUGAUGAUGCAAAUUCAGACAUACAUAUUGUCCUGGUUUUGUCCUACGCAUUGUUAAAAUCAAUAUUAAAUGUCCCAUUUUAGGAUAAAAUAUGCCAUCAAUCAAGCCAUGUGUUACUGUUACUGCAAUGUAUUUAAUGAAGGGAGAGUUUAAUAUGUGAGGAGUGUGCUCACGUUGUACAGAAGCUGAGAGCAGGUGUGGUUGAUGAGAUUUUGCAAAAGGGAAGUGAUAAAGUAAAAGUGAGCAAUGUUAAAGAACAUUAGCCCGUGAAUAUAUAUUUGAAGCUCCUUAGCAAACCUUAGGAAGAUGAAAAAGUUGUGAUAUCAUAUUUGAAGUGUAAAGCUGCUUCAAAGAAAAGAAAGAUGAACAAUUGUGGAGAGACAGUUUGUUUUUAAUGUGUCUUAUGUGCUCUGCUUCCCAUUUUAAACAGGCUUUCUUUGAAAUCCCCCUCGUUUUAUGUGAAAUCAUAUUUUGAUUGAUUGAACAUGCAUGGACAAAGGCACAACAUGUGUGAACUUUCUUCUAGCCUUAAAGUGAAGUGGAUGCUGGUUCUGAAAAUACUCAUUUCCAACGCUUUGUGUCAUCAUGCUCUUCAUCUGGAUGCCUUAUUUUGAGAUGUAUGACCUGACUGACUGUUUACCCAUCACACUUUAAGUUAAGCCUCAGCCUGACCAUUUCACCUCCUCUGGUUCUUACCUAAAGUAUUUGGUGGUCAUUUCCUCUGGUGUAAUAAUGCAAUUCUUACCAAUGACUGUCCCUCUGCAAAAGGCCAAGCAGUAAAUAUUAGGUUUUUUUUGGAUUAUGGAAAAUAAAGUGUGUAUGAGUUGAUAAAUACAAAGCUGAUCUCUACA